AUGCGUGUGCGCCAUACACCCCACUCACUCCCGACGUUCCCCGUGUACAGCUCCGCCUUCUUGUCCCCUAAUGACCUGGUGCUCGGCGGCGGCGGCGGCUCGACGAAGAGCGGUAUUAAGAAUAGGAUGCGACUCUAUCACGUCGGCGCAGACAGGUCCCUCGAGCUCAAGGAUGAAAUCGAGGUCCCCGACGCGCCAAUGAGCAUGGCAGCAGAGACGGAGUCCCAAACUAUUGCUUGCGGCAUUAACAGCCCCCAAGAGCUGCUGGAGAAGGGAGAGAACGAUAAUUGCCGCGUAUUCUCGGUCAAGGACCAGAAGUUCGCUGCACUUGCUACGGCUGGUACCCUACCUGCCGGUAGUAUUGAGGACUAUCAAAAAGUUACUGUGGUAUCUCCCGAUGGCAAACUGGUUUUGGUUGCUGGAAACAAUGAUGUACCCUACCCAUCUCUCCAGGCCGUCGUGCAGUCUAUCUCUACCGGCAAGGACGAUAUAUACGAUGCGACAUUCUCCUCAAAAACUGUCGUUGUUGCUACAACGGCCAAUCUCAUCGUUUACGCCAUCCCCAAACUCCCUGAACCCGCGUCCUCCCAUUCUCCCUCAAAGAAGCGUAAAGGCAAACAAAAGGCUCAGUCCAUCCCCGACCUCGAGAUCCUCCGCACCGUCGAAUUACCCGCCUCCCUAGGGGGUGUCUCUGGCAGCACCUUCCGCUCGGCCAGAUAUCACCCACAAGAUGAAACUACGCUAUAUACGGUAACGAACACGGUCCCCGUGCGGUCGAGGAAGAAGACGCCGUCGCGCCAGGCGUUCGUGUGUAAAUGGAGCACGGAGUCUUGGACUGUGUCGAAGGUUCGGAAAGUCAGCGACAAAGGGUUAACGUGCUUUGAUAUCAGUUCCAAUGGUAAAUUGUUAGGAUAUGGUUCUUCGGAUUAUAGUAUUGGAUUGCUCGACUCUUCCACCUUAACCCCUGUGGUGACCAUUCUCAAAGCCCACGAGUUCCCUCCUACAACAUUGAAGUUCAACCCCACGUCUACGCUUGUUGUUUCAGGUAGCGCAGACAAUACAGUACGCGUCAUAAGCGUGCCCGAAGCUUUUGGCGGUUCUUCUUGGAAUGCUAUUGUGCUUGUCAUGAUUACGAUAUUGGUUAUACUGUUGGCUAUUGCUGCUCAGAAGUACGGGUCGGCCUUGCUUUGA